AUGCCAGAAACUCAACCAGUUACCUCCUCGGAGCCACCCAGCAAAGAGGCUACGGACUAUGCCAUUGACUCCUCCAAAGAUGUGUUCGACAGUUCCGUGUUCGACCCUGUUUUGGCUAGAAAACUGACACUUGCCAACACUGCCAUUGACCAAAUUGGCAUGACUCCAUUUCAAUGGAAGCUUUUCUUCCUUAACGGCUUUGGCUACACGGUUGACUCGCUCUUGGUAAUAUGUCAGUCCAUCGCCUUGCCAGCGGUUACCAUGCAAUACGGCAGCCCGAAUAAAGGUCUGAAGGGGAUUGCGCUGGCAUCCCAAAUCGGUCUUCUGGCGGGCGCGGCGAUUUGGGGUCUAUCGGCAGAUAUCAUUGGUCGUCGACUUGCUUUCAAUUCCUCCCUGUUGCUGGCGGCAGUCUUCGCAAUCAUCGCGGGUGGGAUGCCCGGAUACAUUUCAUUCGCGACAUUGGUUUCCCUCUACUCCGCAGCCGUUGGCGGAAACUAUAUCCUGGAUGCAACUACUCUUCUGGAAUUCCUACCCGCCAAUAAAUCCUGGCUGGUGACCUUUAUGUCGAUUUGGUGGGCAGUGGGAUACACCAUCACAGGCUUGCUUGCAUGGGCAUUUAUGACCAAUUACAGUUGUUCCCCGACUGUAGCACCGGGGGCGUGUGCCUACCAGGACAACAUGGGGUGGCGGUACUUGCAUUUCACAAUUGGUGGCCUGACGCUCGUGUUGAGUUUGUUACGAGUCUUCCUGAUUCGCAUCGUGCAAACACCCAGGUGGCUCAUCUCUCAGAAUCGCGAUGAGGAGGUAAUCCAGUUCUUGACAGAUCUGUCAGCAAAAUAUGACCGACAAUUUGAUCUCACUUUGGAUGACCUCCGCAGGGAAGGUGACGUGAAGAACACGGAGAAAUCAGUCUGGUCCGUGGUCCGAAUCAAGGCUCACUUCAGCGGUCUCUUUCGAACUAAAAAGCUGACGUGGUCAUUCCUGGUGAUUAUGCUCAACUGGUUUGUGAUUGGAAUUGUCAGCCCCCUGUACCAUGUGUUCCUCCCAUAUUACCUCAAAUCCCAAGGGGUGAAGGUCAAGAGCAGCUCCAACUACCUCAUUUGGAGAAACUAUGCCAUAAAUCAAGUCGUCGGCCUGGUUGGUCCCGUGAUUGCUGGAGUUUUGGUUGAAACCAAAGUGUUUGGCCGUCGAGGCACCAUGGCUCUGGGGGCGCUCUUGACCAUGAUCUUGCAGUUUGGGUAUACCCAAAUCAAGACCCCUGCCCAAAACGUUGGUAUCUCUGCUGCUAUUACUGCUGCGACAAACAUUUAUUAUGGGACUAUGUAUGCGUAUACUCCAGAGAUUCUACCAUCAGCGCACCGCGCCACUGGGUAUGCUAUCUGUGUGAUAUUUAACCGCAUCGGAGGCAUUGUCGGGGUUAUCGUGGGAAGCUACGCGAACGUCGAGACAACCACACCUCUUUUUGUCUGUGCUGCCCUGUUCGCACUUCUUAUCAUCCUCAGCAUGCUUUUGCCUUUCGAGAGUCGUGGGAAGAGAACGCAAUAG